CGAGGUUUUCCGUUUUCUUCCGGGCCAACUUGAACCUGUCCAGCCCCCGUAGGCCGUGGGUCAAAAGUGCCGGUCAAAAUGGAAGUGAAUCCCCCUAAACAGGAGCACCUGCUGGCGCUGAAAGGUCCUGUUUCCCUCUGAUUUGGCAAGAGAGACAAUCUUGUAAUAAUAAAUUAACAUUCUAGCUCUGAGGAGUUCAGCUAAGAAAUUUUCUCAUCACUAAGAGUAACUGGAUUACUACAGAAUGACUACAGAAGUAAUAUUACAUUAUCGACCAUAUGAGAGUGAUCCCACACAACUGCCAAAAAUUGCAGAAAAGGCAAUUCAAGACUUUCCUGUUCAUCCACUAUCAAGAUUUAUACCUUGGUUUCCAUAUGAUGGGUCCAAGCUUCCACUCAGACCUAAAAGAUCACCACCUGUGAUUUCUGGAGAGGCAGCUGAAGAUGUGAAACAGUACUUGGCCAUUUCAGAACAUAAUGCUAAAUCACACAGUUAUGAUUGCACAGUAGAUCUAUUGGAGUUUCAACCUUGUUUGAAACAGCAGCAUUUAAUCUGGUCACACACACUGAAGGAACAGACUAAUUCUGGAAAUGUGGAUAAACAAUCAGAAAAGGGAAAACAGCACAACAGGAGAUCUUGGAGUAUUUCCCUUCCCAGCAAUAAUUGUACUAAAAACGUUUAUCCUGUGUCUAAAAAAUUGCAAGAUAGUCUAAAGGCGCUAAAUUUACACUCACUUUAUAGAGCAAGAUGGACAAUAGAAGACACUAUUUGUAACAGCCAAACUCUGGAAGACAUUUGGACAAAACUCAAUCAAAUUAUUAGACACAAUGAACUUCCAUCUUGUAAUGCUACAAUUCAGAGACAUCUAGGCCAAAUAUGGAUAUUCUGUGAUAUUAUGUAUUGUGAAUAUGUGGGAAGUCUUCUUAAAGGAAGAUUAGCUCUUACUGGAAAAAUUAAUUUAUCUGUGCAUAAAUAUGGUGUUAUUUUUAGUAUGUAAUGAACUCCGCUGAUUGUCAACAAGGAAUAAUAUUCUGAAUGAAGUGAAUAUGGAUAGAAAUAGAUGAAAUAAAUUUCACAGGCUUUU